AACCAGAAGAUUGGCUCCCAGCCGUGCGCUGCCCGGGGCCCCGCCAGCCUCACACCCCGCCCGCUGCCGUACGCACCGCCUCCUUGCCAAGCUCCGCGCGGCGCCCAACCCAAGGGUUCACUCGGGCGAGCGGUCUCGCGGUGGAGGGACCGCGCGCCGGCCGUGGCGAGGCCAAAGGCGGCCGGGUCUCCCGCGCUGCUCCGAGCCAUGCUGAGGAGCUGCGCCGCGGGGCUGCGCCCGCUCGGGACCCUGCGCCGGCUGCCAGGAGGCCGGCGCGCGCCGGGCAGCGAGCCGCGAGCGGCGCUGAGGUCAUUUUCUUCAGAGGAAGGCUUUCUUAAGGACUGUUCUGUCCCCAACCCCAGCUGGAACAAGGACCUAAGACUUCUCUUUGACCAGUUUACAAAGAAAUGUGAAAAUGGCUCCUGGAAACAUUUGUCUUCAUAUAAACGUGGACCUGCUACAAGGAUUAAGGACUUCAAAAAUUUUCUUGACCCAGAGCACAUGAAAGAAGAACAAAUGUCACAGACCCAGCUCUUCACCAGAAGCUUUGAUGAAGGCCUAGGCUUUGAAUACGUAAUGUUCUACAAUGAGGUUGAGAAAAGGGUGGUUUGCUUGUUUCAAGGAGGCCCUUACCUGGAAGGAGCACCUGGAUUCCUUCAUGGAGGCGCCCUUGCAACCAUGGUUGAUGCUACUCUUGCUACGUGUGUGAUGAUCUUUGGGGGAGUUGCCAUGACUGCCAAUCUCAACAUCAAUUAUAAAAGACCUGUCCCUCUUUGUUCUGUUGUUGUGAUAAAUAGCCAACUUGAUAAAGUUGAAGGAAGGAAAUGUUUUGUUUCCUGUAAUGUUCAAAGUGUUGAUGAGAAAACCCUGUACUCAGAGGCAACAAGCUUAUUUAUAAAGCUGAAACCUAAGUCUGACAUAAAGAGCUGCUAGUGAACUCCAUCCCAUUCUGCGUAAGGCUCUCCCCCCGCCAGAAGACGCAGUUGCCCCCUUAAUACUCUGCUUCAUCACUGCCGAAUCCCUUUAAGGAGCAGCCUGCCAACAAUGACCUUCUGAAACAGCCUUCUGAAUAGAAGGGGAUUCAGUUUCUACCUUCUCAACUUUUAAACACAGAAAUACUUCCUGUGAGCAUAUCAACAACUCUUAGGCCAGGUGCUGUGGCUCACACCUGUAAUCCUAGGACUUUGGGAGGCCGAGGCGGGUGGAUUGCCUGAGCUCAGAAGUUCAAAACCAGUCUGGGUAACAUGGUGAAACAUCGUCUCUACUAAAAUAGUAAGAAAGUAGCCAGGCCUGGCAGUGUGCACCUGUAGUUCCAGCUACUUGGGAGGUUGAGGCAGGAGAAUUGCCUGAACCCAGGAGGUGGAGGUUGCAGUGAGCGGGGAUCAUGCCACUAUACUCCAGCCUGAACAACAGAAUGAGAUCCAGUUUCAAAAAAGACAAAAAAAAAAAAAAAAAAAACAACUCUUUGUGUCUCCUUAGGAUAUGCGUCUGCUUCUCCUGAGAUUUCAAUGGGCUCUUGUUGUACAUGUGUAACAUCUGCUCCACCGCGGACUGGAGAAAUAAAUGUGUAUUGAAACUUUUA